GGUGGAAAACGGUUUGCUGCAAGCAAGAUCCUUUCCCACUUCACCUGGGUUAUUGCUGCUCUUUGGUGCCUUGAUGGUUAAGUGCACCCGGGAUAUUUUUAAACCGGCAAGGGCUGGUUAAUCUAAAAGUGACAUUUACAGGCACGGCAGGGAGCAGCCAGCCAGUUUAGCUUCGGACCCUCCACAGAGAAGGAACCUGGACAACGGAAUCCUGAGUGCACAAUCAGAGGACAUGGGGAAAGAAAAGGCGGAGAGAGAAGUGGUUUUCUGAAUGACCCUGCUUUUUUUCCUAACUUGUCUGAUUAUCUCCUGGCUGACCUUGUCCUGGUUAAAAAUCUGGGGGAAAAUGACGGACUCCACACCGGUUACCAAGAGCAACUCGGAGGCAAACGCCCUCCCGAACCAGGAGCCCCUUCCAGUGUCCGACAGCUCAGAGGAGCCAACGCAGAAAAAUGGAGACAGCAGCUCUGUGCCAAGGACUCCUGACCACCCUGGGCCGGCUGACCAGGCUGAGCUGGACUCCCUAAAAGGUCCCAAAGAUGCCUGUCUGCAGAGAACCUCCCGGCCGCCUCUAUAUCGGAAUCCUCAAAAAAGCCCCGUUCCCUCCCGUGAUGCCUCCCCAGCCAAUGGGACAGGGACUCGCGGCUCGGAGGCCCCAAAUACCAAUGGCCUGUCCUCACCAACCAGACCCCAGGCCCGAGGCAGAGCCCUCUCCAAAGAAGACCAGAAACAAGCGCACAUCAAGCGGCAGCUGAUGACUAAGUUCAUCCUUGGGUCCUUUGAUGACAACUCCUCCGAUGAGGACCCUGGCACUGGGUCCUUCCGAGAAUCUUCCCGCAGAGGCAGCCGGGCCAGCCUGGGGGCCCUGUCCCUGGAUGCUGCUCGCUUUGCAGGUGACUCUGAGUCCACUGUCCCCACGAUGAGGCCCAGCAUGUCGGGGCUCCACCUGGUGAGGAGGGGUCGCGAACAGAAGAAGGUGGACCUGCACAGAGAUUUCACCGUAGCUUCCCCAGCUGAGUUUGUCACGCGCUUUGGGGGAGAUCGGGUCAUUGAGAAGGUGCUCAUUGCCAACAAUGGCAUCGCCGCCGUGAAGUGCAUGCGCUCCAUCCGCAGGUGGGCCUACGAGAUGUUCCGUAAUGAGCGGGCCAUCCGGUUUGUAGUCAUGGUCACUCCAGAGGACCUCAAGGCCAACGCAGAGUACAUCAAGAUGGCGGAUCAGUAUGUCCCCGUGCCCGGGGGGCCCAACAACAACAACUAUGCCAACGUGGAACUGAUCGUGGACAUUGCCAAGAGAAUCCCUGUGCAGGCGGUGUGGGCGGGCUGGGGCCACGCCUCCGAAAACCCCAAACUUCCGGAGCUGCUGUGCAAGAAUGAGAUUGCUUUCUUAGGCCCUCCCAGCGAGGCCAUGUGGGCCCUGGGAGAUAAGAUCGCCUCCACCAUCGUCGCCCAGACGCUGCAGAUCCCAACGCUGCCCUGGAGUGGAAGCGGCCUGACGGUGGAAUGGGCAGACGACGACCUGCAGCGGGGGACCGGAGUCUGUGUCCCGGAAGACAUUUACAACCAGGGUUGUGUGAAAGACGUAGAUGAGGGCUUGGAGGCAGCAGAAAAAAUUGGUUUUCCGUUGAUGAUCAAAGCUUCGGAAGGUGGUGGAGGGAAAGGGAUCCGGAAGGCAGAGAGCGCCGAGGACUUCCCGAUCCUUUUCAGACAAGUACAGAGCGAGAUCCCAGGCUCCCCCAUCUUUCUCAUGAAGCUGGCCCAGCACGCCCGUCACCUGGAGGUCCAGAUCCUCGCCGACCAGUAUGGCAACGCCGUGUCCCUGUUUGGGCGAGACUGCUCCAUCCAGCGGCGGCACCAGAAGAUCAUCGAGGAGGCACCUGCCACCAUCGCCACACCGGCUGUGUUCGAGUUCAUGGAGCAGUGUGCCGUCCGCCUGGCCAAGACCGUGGGCUACGUGAGCGCAGGGACAGUUGAAUACCUGUACAGCCAGGACGGCAGCUUCCACUUCCUGGAGCUAAACCCGCGCCUGCAGGUGGAGCACCCCUGCACAGAAAUGAUCGCCGACGUCAACCUGCCGGCCGCCCAGCUCCAGAUCGCCAUGGGUGUGCCACUGCACCGGCUGAAGGACAUCCGCCUUCUGUAUGGAGAGUCACCGUGGGGAGUGACGCCCAUUGCUUUUGAAACCCCUUCCAACUCGCCCCUCCCCCGAGGCCACGUUAUUGCAGCCAGAAUCACCAGUGAAAAUCCCGAUGAGGGAUUUAAGCCGAGCUCCGGAACCGUCCAGGAACUGAAUUUCCGCAGCAGCAAGAACGUGUGGGGUUACUUCAGCGUGGCCGCUACCGGAGGCUUACACGAGUUUGCCGACUCCCAGUUUGGGCACUGCUUCUCCUGGGGAGAGAACCGGGAAGAGGCCAUUUCGAACAUGGUGGUGGCUUUGAAGGAACUGUCCAUCCGGGGGGACUUCAGGACCACCGUGGAAUAUCUCGUUAACCUUCUGGAGACUGAAAGCUUCCAGAACAAUGACAUCGACACUGGGUGGUUGGAUCACCUCAUCGCUGAAAAAGUGCAGGCGGAAAAGCCAGAUAUCAUGCUCGGGGUGGUGUGUGGAGCCCUGAACGUGGCCGAUGCGAUGUUCAGGACCUGCAUGACGGAUUUCUUACACUCACUGGAAAGGGGCCAGGUCCUCCCCGCAGCCUCCCUGCGGAACACUGUGGACGUGGAAUUAAUUUACGGAGGCAUCAAGUACAUUCUCAAGGUGGCCCGGCAAUCUCUGACCAUGUUCGUCCUCAUCAUGAAUGGCUGUCACAUCGAGAUCGACGCCCACCGGCUUAAUGACGGCGGGCUUCUGCUGUCCUACAAUGGUAACAGCUACACGACCUACAUGAAGGAAGAGGUCACCAGUUACCGGAUUACCAUCGGCAACAAGACGUGUGUGUUUGAGAAGGAGAAUGACCCCACGGUGCUGAGAGCCCCCUCGGCUGGGAAGCUGAUGCAGUACACGGUGGAGGACGAGGGCCACGUGGAGGCUGGGGGCAGCUACGCCGAGAUGGAGGUGAUGAAGAUGAUCAUGACCCUGAACGUGCAGGAGAGUGGCCGGGUGAAGUACAUCAAGCGCCCGGGGGCCGUGCUGGAAGUGGGCUGCGUGGUGGCCAGGCUGGAGCUCGACGAUCCCUCUAAAGUGCACCCGGCCAAGCCAUUCAUAGGAGAGCUCCCUCCCCAGCCAACUCUGCCCAUGAUGGGGGAGAAACUGAACCAGGUCUUCCACAGCGUCCUGGAAAACCUGAUUAACAUCAUGAACGGCUACUGUCUGCCGGAGCCUAUUUUUAGCAUAAAGCUGAAGGAGUGGGUGCAGAAGCUCAUGAUGACCCUCCGACACCCGUCGCUGCCACUGCUGGAGCUGCAGGAGAUCAUGACCAGUGUAUCGGGCCGCAUCCCCGGCCCCGUGGAGAAGUCGGUCCGCAGGGUGAUGGCCCAGUACGCCAGCAACAUCACCUCGGUGCUCUGCCAGUUCCCCAGCCAGCAGAUAGCCACCAUCCUGGACUGCCACGCGGCCACACUGCAGCGGAAGGCCGACCGGGAGGUCUUCUUCAUGAACACGCAGAGCAUCGUGCAGCUGGUCCAGAGAUACCGCAGCGGGACCCGUGGCUACAUGAAGGCGGUGGUGUUGGAUCUCCUGAAAAGAUAUUUGCAAGUCGAGCACCAUUUCCAACAAGCCCAUUACGACAAGUGUGUGAUAAACCUCAGGGAGCAGCUGAAGCCAGACAUGUCCCAGGUGCUGGACUGCAUCUUUUCCCAUGCGCAGGUGGCCAAGAAGAACCAGCUGGUGAUCAUGUUGAUUGACGAACUCUGUGGCCCAGACCCUUCCCUGUCAGAGGAGCUGACCUCCAUCCUCAAUGAGCUCACCCAGCUGAGCAAGAGCGAGCACUGCAAAGUGGCCCUCCGAGCCAGACAGGUCCUGAUCGCCUCCCACCUCCCCUCCUACGAGCUGAGGCACAACCAGGUGGAGUCCAUUUUCCUGUCUGCCAUCGACAGAUACGGCCACCAGUUCUGCCCGGAAAACCUCAAGAAAUUGAUACUCUCAGAAACAACCAUAUUUGACGUGCUGCCUGCUUUCUUCUAUCACGCUAACAAAGUCGUGUGCAUGGCGUCCUUGGAGGUUUACGUGCGGAGAGGCUACAUCGCCUACGAGCUGAACAGCCUGCAGCACCGGCAGCUCCCGGACGGCACCUGCGUGGUGGAAUUCCAGUUCAUGCUGCCCUCCUCCCACCCAAACAGGAUGGCUGUGCCCAUCAGCGUCACCAACCCCGACCUGCUGAGGCACAGCACAGAGCUCUUCAUGGACUGCGGCUUCUCCCCACUGAGCCAGCGGAUGGGCGCCAUGGUCGCCUUCAGGAGAUUCGAGGAAUUCACCAGGAACUUUGAUGAAGUCAUCUCCUGCUUCGCCAAUGUGCCCGAGGACACCCCCCUCUUCAGCAAGGCUCAGACGUCCUUGUACUCUGAGGAGGACAGCAAGAACCUCAGAGAAGAGCCCAUCCACAUCCUGAAUGUGGCCAUCCAGUGCGCUGACCACCUGGAAGACGAGGAGCUGGUGCCGAUUUUGCGGACCUUCGUACAGUCCAAGAAAAACAUCCUUGUGGACUACGGACUCCGAAGAAUCACGUUUCUGAUUGCGCAGGAGAAAGAAUUUCCCAAGUUUUUCACCUUCAGAGCAAGAGAUGAGUUUGCAGAAGAUCGCAUUUACCGUCACCUGGAGCCUGCCCUGGCCUUCCAGCUGGAGCUGAGCCGCAUGCGCAAUUUCGACCUGACCGCCGUGCCCUGCGCCAACCACAAGAUGCACCUUUACCUGGGUGCGGCCAGGGUGAAGGAGGGUGUGGAAGUGACGGACCACCGGUUCUUCAUCCGUGCCAUCAUCAGGCACUCGGACCUGAUCACAAAGGAAGCCUCUUUCGAGUACCUGCAGAAUGAGGGUGAGCGGCUGCUCCUGGAGGCCAUGGACGAGCUGGAGGUGGCGUUCAACAACACCAGCGUGCGCACCGACUGCAACCACAUCUUCCUCAACUUCGUGCCCACCGUCAUCAUGGACCCCUACAAGAUCGAGGAGUCGGUGCGUUCCAUGGUCAUGCGCUACGGCAGCAGGUUGUGGAAACUCCGCGUGCUGCAGGCCGAGGUCAAGAUCAACAUCCGCCAGACCACCACCGGCAGCGCCAUUCCCAUCCGACUGUUCAUCACCAACGAGUCAGGCUACUACCUGGACAUCAGCCUCUACAAAGAAGUCACUGACCCCCGAUCGGGAAACAUCAUGUUUCACUCCUUUGGCAACAAACAAGGACCCCAGCACGGGAUGCUGAUCAACACUCCCUACGUCACCAAGGACCUGCUUCAGGCCAAGCGAUUCCAGGCCCAGUCCCUGGGAACCACCUACGUGUACGACUUUCCGGAACUGUUCAGGCAGGCUCUCUUUAAAAUGUGGGGCUCCCCAGACAAAUACCCCAAAGACAUCCUGACAUACACGGAACUAGUCCUGGACCCCCAGGGCCAGCUGGUGGAGAUGAACCGACUUCCCGGCGGAAACGAGGUGGGCAUGGUGGCCUUCAAAAUGAGGUUGAAGACCCGGGAGUAUCCGGAGGGGCGGGACAUGAUCGUCAUCAGCAAUGACAUCACCUUCCGCAUCGGAUCCUUCGGGGUGGGAGAAGACCUGCUGUACCUGCGGGCGUCCGAGCUGGCCCGGGCCGAGGGCAUCCCCAAAAUCUACCUCGCAGCCAACAGCGGGGCCCGGAUUGGCCUUGCAGAAGAGAUCAAGCACAUGUUCCAGGUGGCUUGGGUGGACCCAGACGACCCCCACAAAGGAUUUAAAUACCUGUACCUGACCCCGCAAGAGUACACCAGAAUCAGCUCUCUGAACUCCGUCCACUGUAAACACAUCGAGGAAGAAGGAGAAUCCAGGUACAUCAUCACGGAUAUCAUUGGGAAGGACGACGGCCUGGGCGUGGAGAACCUGCAGGGCUCGGGCAUGAUUGCCGGGGAGUCCUCCCGGGCUUACGAAGAGAUCAUCACCAUUAGCUUGGUGACCUGCCGAGCCCUUGGGAUCGGCGCCUACUUGGUGAGGCUGGGCCAGCGCGUGAUCCAGGUGGAAAACUCCCACAUCAUUCUCACAGGCGCCAGCGCGCUCAACAAGGUCCUGGGCAGAGAGGUUUACACGUCCAACAACCAGCUGGGCGGUGUGCAGAUCAUGCAUAACAAUGGCAUCUCCCACAUCACCGUGCCGGAUGACUUCGAGGGCGUUUACACCAUCCUGGAGUGGCUGUCCUAUAUGCCAAAGGAUAAUCACAGCCCGGUCCCUAUCAUCACGCCCACUGACCCCAUUGACAGAGAAAUAGAAUUUUUCCCAUCGAGAGCCCCGUAUGACCCCCGAUGGAUGCUUGCAGGAAGGCCUCACCCAACUCUGAAGGGAUCCUGGCAGAGCGGAUUCUUCGACCAGGGCAGUUUCAAGGAAAUCCUGGCGCCCUGGGCCCAGACCGUGGUGACGGGGCGUGCAAGGCUGGGGGGCAUCCCUGUCGGAGUGAUCGCCGUGGAGACGCGGACAGUGGAGGUGGCAGUGCCUGCAGACCCCGCCAACCUGGAUUCCGAGGCAAAGAUCAUCCAGCAGGCGGGCCAGGUGUGGUUCCCGGACUCAGCCUACAAGACAGCCCAGGUCAUCAAGGACUUCAACCAGGAGAAGCUGCCCCUGAUGAUCUUCGCCAACUGGAGGGGCUUCUCCGGCGGCAUGAAAGACAUGUAUGAUCAGGUGCUGAAGUUCGGAGCCUACAUCGUGGACGGCCUCAGGCAGUACAAGCAGCCCAUCCUCAUCUACAUCCCGCCCUAUGCGGAGCUCCGGGGAGGCUCCUGGGUGGUCCUGGACUCCACCAUCAACCCUCUGUGCAUAGAGAUGUAUGCAGACAAAGAGAGCAGAGGGGGUGUCCUGGAGCCAGAGGGAACAGUGGAGAUUAAAUUCCGAAAGAAAGAUCUGAUAAAGGCCAUGAGAAGGAUCGACCCCGUUUACAAGAAGCUCGUGGAACAGUUAGGAAAGUCCGAGCUCUCCGACAAAGACCGCAAAGACCUGGAGGGCCGGCUGAAGGCCCGGGAGGACCUGCUGCUGCCCAUCUACCACCAGGUGGCAGUGCAGUUCGCUGACCUCCACGACACGCCCGGCAGGAUGCUGGAGAAGGGCGUCAUCUCUGACAUUCUGGAGUGGAAGACCUCGCGCACCUUCCUGUACUGGCGCCUGCGCCGCCUCCUGCUGGAGGACCAGGUCAAGCAGGAGAUCCUGCAGGUCAGCGGCGAGCUGAGCCACGUGCACAUCCAGUCCAUGCUGCGCCGCUGGUUCGUGGAGACGGAGGGGGCCGUCAAGGCCUACCUGUGGGACAACAACCAGAUGGUGGUGCAGUGGCUGGAGCAGCACUGGCAGGUGGGGGACGGCCUGCGCUCCGCCAUCCACGAGAACAUCAAGUACCUGAAGCGUGACUCAGUGCUCAAGACCAUCCGAGGCCUGGUGCAAGAAAACCCCGAGGUGGCGGUGGACUGCAUGAUGUGCGUGAGCCAGCUUAUCAACCCGGCCGAGCGGGCGCACGUCGCUCACCUCCUGUCCACCAUGGGCAGCCCGGCCUCCACCUGAGCCCCGCCCGCCGGCCGCAGGCCCUCGAAAACAAGAAAAGGAAAUAAGAAAAAAAUUCCUGGGCCUUUCCGCAGGGCUGCUGGCUCCCAGCUCACUCCUGUCUCAAUAAACCUGCCAGGAGUGCCCCCUUCCCGCCAGAAAGAGGCUCCUCUCCGUUGUCGGGAAGUUUUCGUUCUGUCUUUUGAGACAUUUCGGCCGCAUCACUGAAUCGAAUGGAACCCAAGCGCUGAGUUUCCUUUUCCUUCCAGGGUCUGGCGUGUGGGAUCCAGGUGUCCUUUUAGUCUCGUUUUUUAAUCAGCUCGUGGAAUCUUUUAUUUUUUUAAACUCUGAGACCAGCUCUUGAUGUAAGCACCUUCUGUAUUUCAGCAGAAUAAAGAGGCCAAGGAGAGAAAUACAGAAACAAGACGAGGAAGAGAAACCUGUUUUUGUAAUGAUGCUAAUUUGGAAACUGCCAAGUCACGCAGGAAAGGGUACAAGUGAUUUUUUUUAUUAAGAGAAUAAAAUGGGAUCUCGUUCCCCAGACGUCCCCUAGUGAAUCAGUAGGAAUGUCCUGCCAGCAGGCCACGCUUGGCGCUCACCAGCAGAGAUUCUGUUUCGGGGAGAGGAGAGCAAAAUGAGCGGAAUUGCCUGGCUGUGCGAUCCUGGGCCUUUGGAGGUCUCUCCUGCGUGGCUCGCAGCCCUCGGAGGACAAGGACGAGCCCCUCCCCCACUACAGGAUAAGCCACCCUUUCCUUGCACCCUCCUGCCCUGUCGGGACCCCGGAGGUGGAGGAAAGCCCUCCCCCAACACACAGCCAAGCCUGGUCACAGGCGUCACCACUGUGAUUGCCACUACCCCCUUGGAGGGCCCCUUCAAGCCACCAUCACCCUCUCACCUGUUGCCUUGAUGUCCUUGGCGGGAUCCAGCCCCGAGGGGCAGAACUCUUGGUUUCCAAGGGCUGGACCACAGGACCACGCCGAUUUGCUCAGGGAGGCCUUUGCGACACGCCCACCAGCCCCCGGCUCUGGGCUCUGAAGGCUGCACAGCGUCAGGCCUGCCAUCCCCUGGCCCCGCCCAAGAGCCCCGGGGGCCGGCCACCGUGCAGGGGCUUGGCCACCCCCCACUUCAGUGAUGAGCAGUUUGUCUGAGGACACCCAACGCCGCACCUGGCCCAUUUGGAGGACGGGGGUUGCCCAGGGAAGCCCCCAUUGAGUUUAAGAAAAAAAUGGUCUGGUCAUCAGCUAAUGACAUCCCUGGCGUGGGGCAGUGAGGGGCGGGGGACACAGGAGUUAUUUGUUGCCCCAUCUUGAGGCUGGGGGUGGGGAAUCCACGCUGCUUUGGGAACCUAGUGUCUUCUGUGUGGGGGAUGCCCCCUUGGUUCAGAGAGAAAGACCAGUUGAUGACUAGCUGCUACCCAGGAACGGUAGGUGGAGGAACCUACCAGGAGAUGUGUGGAAUAAAUUAUUUUUUAAAGGAA